UUUGCAGCCGGUUGCCCGGCAGGGAUGAGUUGGCCCUGUCCGGGAGGCGGCGCCAAGUGUUUGUGCCGCGGUUUGCCGGUGCACGGCCGGGAGUGCGGUGAUGGGUGGCUGGGGUUCAGUCAGCCUGUGACAGGAGCUUUGUUUGGACCAAACGUGGUUUAAAGCGAAGAGAAAUUAACUUCCCGACCACCGUUUGCAGACAAAGAGCGCGGUGAUGAAUUAGUCCGCUUGCAACGAACGAGCGUGUGUGUGGGCUCGGGGUUUAUUUGCCUGCAUUUACCGUUGGAGAAGAACAGGUGCAGUCUAUUUGGGAGCUGUUUGUGGGCUUGAUAAUCUUAUUUAAAUCUAAUGAACGUGGAAAGAAUGGUUUGUACCAGAGUUUCCUGAUCUUGGGAGUCAAACUGAGGUCAUCAGAAGCAUGAACUGGAUGUUAUUUGCAACUUGCUGACAGAUGGAAUGCAGUCCAGAUGAGCAGUACAAGUUCUUUUGCUGAUAUUGGUUUUCCAGCAUUAUGAGGAUCUUUUAGAAUUUUCCAGUAUGUUUGGAAAGAAGAAGAAACGCCUUGAAAUCUCUGCACCUUCUAAUUUUGAACAUCGGGUUCAUACCGGAUUUGACCACCACGAGCAGAAAUUCACAGGACUUCCUCAGCAAUGGCAGAGCUUGCUCGCAGAUACAGCAAAUAGACCAAAACCCAUGGUUGAUCCAUCAUGUAUCACACCUAUACAGCUAGCACCUAUGAAGACUAUAGUCAGAGGAAACAGAGCGUGGAAAGACACCUCUUUAAAUGGCUUGUUGGAAGAGUUCAAUGAUAUUUCCGUAACUCGCUCAAACUCUCUACGUAGGGAGAGUCCUCCAGCUGCACCACAGAUAAAUUCAAACCAUAGCCCAUGCAGUCCUGAAGAAAAUGGCUACAGCCAUUAUUAUCUUAAACAUGCAUAUGAUAUUGAAUCUUCAAAAGAUUUUACAACAGGGAAAUUCAAAGAACAGAGAAAUCAUGCAGAAGACUGGGAUAGAUAUUACACAUGUAAUAAAGCAGCUCAACAAAAUGGCCAGGAUUCGAACAGAGCUCGAUCUGUAGAAACAUAUUAUUUAGAAGAUAAUGUUCAAAAGACGGAUUUUAGUAGAUUGCCACCAGACUACCAUGCAUAUAUGGUGUCAAAAAUUAGGCCAACAGAUCACAUUGUGACAAGCAGGGAUUCCACAGGAGCUCAAAGGUCACCACUAGGUCACAGGAGGCACCCACAAGCUACACCAUCUAGAACUGCUUCUCAACGAGAAGCUCCUACGGAAAGAUUGGAAUAUCAAGAAAAGGACUUGGGUCCAGAACCACAAAGGGAAGACUUAGAUAAACGACCAAAGUCAUCGUAUGUCACACCAACAAGUCCUCAACCAACUAUGAGACAGAGAUCAAAAUCAGGAUCUGGGCUACAAGAACCAAGUAUGCUAAACGCAGCCAGUGCAUUUAAGUCAACACGACCCACUGGACAUUCAUAUAAUUCAUACACUUAUCCCAGGCUGUCUGAGACGACGGCUGUAUCAUGCAUUCCUAAGGUGGAUUAUGAAAAACCACAAAGGGGUGUAAGUCCUCAUAUGACCGGGUCAGACACCUAUCCUCGAGGCCCAUCAAAACUACCUCAGUAUCCAGCCAACCCCAUCUACGCAACAUCUAGCCAUUAUUUUUCAUCAUCAUAUUCCAAAACAUCUCAGUACCACAAUACACCUCCUCAGUCGAAUUUUCAAUAUGUUAACCAAGGUGCUUACCAGUAUCCAAGUUGGAGUUCUUCGAUACAACAGCAGCCCACACGUGUAUCCCAUGAGCAAUUCAGAGCUGCCCUGCAACUCGUAGUUAAUGCUGGUGAUCCACGCGAGUAUUUAGAAAACUUCAUCAAGAUCGGAGAGGGCUCCACAGGCAUCGUUUGCAUUGUAACAGAGAAGCACACUGGGAAACAAGUGGCGGUGAAGAAAAUGGACCUAAGGAAACAGCAGAGGCGGGAACUGCUCUUUAAUGAGGUUGUCAUUAUGCGUGAUUACCACCAUGAAAAUGUGGUGGACAUGUACAACAGUUAUCUGGUUGGAGAUGAAUUAUGGGUCGUUAUGGAGUUUCUGGAAGGUGGCGCUUUGACAGACAUUGUUACACAUACAAGAAUGAAUGAAGAACAAAUAGCAACAGUGUGCUUAUCUGUUUUGAAAGCUCUAGAAUAUCUUCAUUCUCAGGGGGUUAUCCAUAGGGAUAUAAAGAGUGAUUCUAUACUUCUCACCAGUGAUGGAAGGAUUAAGUUGUCAGAUUUUGGCUUCUGUGCUCAAGUGUCAAAAGAAGUUCCCAGGAGGAAAUCACUAGUUGGCACACCAUACUGGAUGGCACCAGAGGUCAUCUCCAGAUUACCGUAUGGAACUGAAGUAGACAUAUGGUCUCUUGGUGUCAUGGUAAUAGAAAUGGUAGAUGGGGAGCCACCAUACUUUAAUGAGCCACCACUUCAGGCCAUGAGGAGAAUACGAGACAAUCUUCCUCCAAGGUUAAAGGAUAUGCACAAGGCUUCAUCCGUGUUGCGUGGAUUCUUGGACUUGAUGUUAGUGAGGGAUCCUUUACAAAGAGCAUCUGCACAGGAAUUAUUAAAACAUCCAUUCCUCAAGUUAGCCGGACCCCCAUCCUGUAUUGUACCUCUUAUGAGACAAUACAGAUAUCGUUGAGUGAAGUGGAUUUAAGAAUGUCUUAGCACAAUAUUCAAAUGAAAAUUAAGCAAUUGAUAGCAUUAGAAAAUGUGAAUGAAGAAUAUUAAAGAAUGUGACAGCAAAAACAGAUUAUGUUCUUUCUUGAAGUCUAUGGCUGGGCAAAAAUACACAAAGCAAAAUAAAGGGAUUUACAGAAUAUGUUGUACACCAGCUCCCUGAGCCACCAUUUUCCUAUUUUAGAUUUACAGUGCUGCAGUAUAAGGGCAGUUGUGAGAAGUAUCUCUUAUGAUAUGGCUGAGCUGACUUUGAGUGCUAUCUUUUUGAACAUAUUUUCCUUGGAAGGUCAGUUUGUCUGCCUUUCACCAUGUGCCAGGGAUGGCAUUCACAUCAGGUUCCAAGGCUCUGACAUUGUAAUCGAUUACAGCACAUUUAGGACUCUUUGAGAGAAUUUUGCUCAGUGAAAUGUGUGGAAUUUGUAUUUCUCUAAAAUUGUGACUCUUUCUUUGGUAAGCACUUUUCUUCCACACUGGCUGUGCAAUGUGUUCUGGAUUGGAUUUGUAUCUUACUGACAUUUCUUUACUGAUAAACUAACAGUAUUUUGUGGUGAAGUAACUGUUGUGAUAGCAAACAGUAUUGAGAGGAUUUUUUCAGGGAUGAUAACAAUGUGGGUGGGGUGGGUUAGUAACUUUAUAAGGGAAAAUGUUUUGAGUUGCAGAGAUUAACAAACUUGUUCAAAGUACAUUUACCAAAACAGUUUGUUUCUGACUUGAGGCACUCUAAUGAACCUGUUCAAUUUGAUAAAUUAACAGUUUUGUUUAAUGACGUGUUACUUAAUGAUUUUUUAAAAUAUUUUUGCUGCUUUCUACUUGUCAGUGAAUGUUUAUAGUAUUAAUCUAAAUGUGAUGUUUGUUAAGCGUGAUUGCAUGUUUUAACAGUCAUGCAAAGUUUGAUGGAAAAUUAGUAAGCUAUAGUGCGGCGUGGAGUGAAAUUUGUGCGUCCCUACAGAGGAAAUAAAUAA